UACAUUUAGGUUCGUUUUGUUUAGGUUUGUUCUGAUGGUGGCACUACAGGAAAGGUGAUGGGCUCAUUAAAUUGCAGUGGGACGGUGAAAAUCAUAGCAGUCUGCCUGUUCGAUUGUGAGAUUUUGACAAAAGGUCAGGGGGUCAUUGAAAUCUUCCUCUGAAUAGCAUUAAUAUCCAUGCCAGUUUACAUGGCAGGCUGGCCUUUAGUCAAUCUUUUUUCCUGUGAAUUAACUGACAGUUUGACUGAUUUGCUUUAUUUAGGCCUCGUCAUUAGAGGGGCAGAAAUAACGUGUGACCAUCUGCUUUGAAUUCAUAAUAAUCAACAAGCGUAAUGGUCUACAGUCACGCCUGUGGCUCUGUGAGGCUGCACAGUGGUGCUUUGAGUCAAAUGCUAACAUUAGCAUUCAAACAUGCUCACAAUAUUAACAUGCUGAUGAUGCAGCACAGUUGAGGAUUGUGGCAUUGUCAUGAGCUUUUCAGGCAUUUUUUAUUAAAAAAUGUACCAAAGCUUUUGAGACAUUUUGUACCAAUUAGCCUAAAUAAGUGAGAACUAUGGCACGUGAUGGCACCAGAGGACAGUCAGGGAAUCACCAAAGUCAAUAGGAUUGAUCCUGCUGCAACCAUGAAUGCCUUUUCAAAAGUUCAUUCCAUCCCAUCGAACAAAGUGGAACAUCCCUAAAGCCACGAUGUUAGCUCAUGAAAAUAAUCUCAUGUGACCAAACUCAACAUGUACAGUACUAUUAAUGAAAGGUUCACCUGUCCUGUCAUGCUGGAACAUUUCUAGCGAUCUGCAGGAGCACGAGGUCAUGUCUGAGUGCUGGGUGGAGCCCUGCGGUGCCGCCCAGGCAGAGGAGACCAGACUGCAGAAGCAACAAGAGGAAGAGGCAGAGAAGGAGGGAAUGGAGGUUCCCUGUGGGGACACCCAGCCUUCAGGAAACCUGAGGCAAGAGGAGGAGCCCGGAGGAGAACGGCCUCCGUCACCUGACCAUAGUGGCAUGCAGGAAGUGACAUCAGAAGGUGGACUGGAGCAGGUCCGGAGGGUGGAGACGCAGACUCAGGAAAGGAGAGAGAGGUUUUCCCAUAUGACUGUCAAGCAGGACAGCUGGGACAGAGGGUCAGUGUCAGGUGGCUGCCUGGUGCAGCGAUGCCUCCGGAGGUCCUUUCCCAGGGGCUCGUCGACCUGCUCCCACCCAGGCAGGGACAGGCAGCGGCAGGCUGAGGACCCCCGGGGGCCUGGGCCUUUCUACUUCUUUGGAGGAGCCAAUGGGGCUGAAAUAGUGAGCAGGUACUGUGAGAGCAGGGGAUGGAAGAGGAUUUACAACAAGCACAGGGAGGAUUUCAAACUCAAGUGGUGCGAGACCAAAUCACCAGCCAACUACUGUCACUUCAGAGAAGGUGAACAGUUGGUGUACCAGAUUCCCAACAACAAGGUCCUCACCACGAAGAUCGGCCUCCUCAGCAGCCUGCGGGAGUACGAGCGAGUCAGCAGCAAAGUGAAGCACGGCGGAGGACUGAGGAGGCUGAAGAUGGAAGAGUUCAUUCCCACUACCUUCCGCAUGGAUGUGAGGGAAGAGAGGGAGGCUUUCUUUGCCCAGCAGGAGGGCGUGAGCAACAAGGAGACUCAUAUGUGGAUCUGUAAGCCGACGGGUCUGAACCAGGGCAGAGGGAUCUUUCUGCUGAAGGGCGGGGAGGACGUAGCUGCCCUCCGACUGAAGCUGCAGCACAUGGACGACAGCCGGGCCAGCAGGAUGAUGCACCAGCGCCAGCCUCAGGCUCGCAUUGUCCAGCACUACAUCCAGAGUCCGCUGCUCCUCAAGGGGAAAAAGUUCGACGUACGCUCGUACCUUCUGAUCGCCUGCACCGCACCGUACAUGGUCUUCUUUCGCCACGGAUAUGUGCGGCUGACGUGCGACCUCUACGACCCCAGCUCCAACAACCUCUCCGCUCACCUGACCAAUCAGUACAUGCAGAAGAAGAACCCUCUGUACAGCCGGCUGAAAGAGGACACUGUGUGGUCCAUGGAGAGCUUCAACACAUACGUCAACGACAGGUUUCGGGUUGCCAAGGGUCUGCCCAGGGACUGGGUGCUGGGCGCCUUUGCAAAACGCAUGCAGCGGAUCACGACACAGUGUUUCUUCGCAGUCAAGUCCAAGCUAGUCUGCCGGCUGGGCUUCUUUGACUUGAUUGGCUGCGACUUCAUGGUUGACGAGGACUUCGGGGUGUGGCUGCUGGAGAUGAACUGUAAUCCAGCUCUCCAUACGAACUGUGAGGUGCUGAAGGAGGUCAUACCGAGCACUGUCGUGGAGACGCUGGAUUUAACUCUGGAGAUCUUCAACAAGUGUCGCCUCAGGCGGAGGAUUCUUCCUCUGGCCAGUCAGAGGGAGUUUGUGCUGCUGUACAGUGGAGUUUAUCCUCCUGAUUCGGUGCUGGCCUGCAGCAAGAGCAACACGAACAGUGAAUGCGACCAGAGAAGCACCAAAGAGACUGAACCCAGAAGAUGUAAGUCAGGAACGGAUGGCAAAACUGCGUCCCCAGCAUCCUCUGAUAGUUCUGUGAAUGUCUCAGCGACCAGUGAAGGAAGGGGUGGCUCAAAAUCCUGCCACCGUCCCGCUACCUCCGCCCCCACCUCAACUCUCCAUCAAAGCUCUCCGUUAGUGCAGACUGUCAGGAAUAAGACCUCCAGGCCUCGGGUCGAACUCAAGCUGAGCAAAUGUACUCUGCGUCAUCAUUUGAAGGCUGCGGAUGACGCGCAGGGCUCUGAGGCUCGGCAGAAGACGAGGAUCAUCAUGUUGCUGUCUUCAUCAGCGCUGGGCGAGGGGAUGUCGUCACCGCUCGCCCCUCAUGCUGCGCCUCGUGUGUGUGGGAGCGAACAGAGAGGAGAGGACCCCGGUGAGGAGGAGCUCAGAGAAGGCAUAAAGAGCUGAGUUUAUGAGACUAAAGAGGAACUGUGACACAUUAUAUGCGAACAGCUGGGGUCUAAAGAGCUUUAUCUCAAAAAAGAUCCACACUUUGGACAUGCGGCGCUGUUUCAGAAAUGUGAUGUGACAAUAAAGAAUCUA